AUGGCUUCUGCAGGAAGUGAUGCGGCCGAGAGCCCUGACGGGAGGUCCCCUGCUGUUGCGGAAGCCACUCCUAGCCGCGGCAUUGGCAUUGGCAGUGGUGGUGGUGGUAUUGCUGCUGUUGGUGGCACUGGCGUCAAACGGGCCCCGGACGGCGAGGUCAGAGAUGACGAGAAGGCCGCCGGUGAUGGCGUAGCCGGGGCGAAGAAGAAAAAGACGGGACCGGGCAGUAGGGGUGUGGCCAACUUGACGCCAGAGCAGUUGGCCAAGAAGAGAGCAAAUGACCGAGAGGCACAACGUGCUAUUCGCGAGAGGACUAAGAAUCAAAUUGAUGCUCUGGAGAAGCGUAUUCAAGAACUGACGAACCAGAAGCCGUAUCAGGAGCUUCAGUCUGUUGUCAGGGCCAAGGAGGUUGUUGAACAGGAGAAUGCUGAUAUCAAGCGGCAGUUGGCAAGUAUCAUUGGUAUUCUGCAGCCUAUUGUUCGCUCCGCAUCAUCAGGCGAAGUAUCACACGUCUCGCCGUGUCAUACGUUUUCACAACCAACUACAACUGUACCAAGUCCAGGCAUUCAUCAAUAUAAUGUGACUACGCCGGCAACGUCAGUUUCCCCUGCAGCCAAUUUGGAACAACCGCCGCUGCCGCUGCCGCAACAACAACAAACUGCUUCACCGGGUGUAAGUGACGACCAGAACGGUUCUUCGGAAACUCACUCAAACAUGUACAUGGCACAACUACAAAACCAGAGACUUCAGCUACGCCAAGGCCUCAAUAUGGGCGGAGAGCGGUUAGGGCUGGACUUCUUACUGCGACCCGGGCAGCGUCUAAGUGCGGUGCCAGCUGGCGUGAACGGUGCUCAGGACUCACCGCAGUACCAUCAUGUUCCCAUGAAACAUGACUGGUCAGCCAGCCACAACGAGCAAGACGCUCAGCCAUCGUGGGCAUCAUCAGCGUCAUCUGGACACCUACCUGAAACGGCGGCACUUGACCCAUACCGACAAUCUGGCAGCCCAGCAACCCUCCCUCAUCAUCCUCUGCCUCUGCCACAGCAACAAUACAAUCCACAGACAGAUCCCGACACCCUUGCCUUCUACGCAAGGCCAAUCAAACACAGUGAGCCGUCUUGUGCCCUAGAUUCCCUACUUCUCAACUUCCUCUCGGAACGGCGCCAGCGCAUCGCGGACGGAAUCCCCAUCCAGGAGGUCAUCGGCCCGCGAUACCCGUCUGUAUCAUCACUUCUAAACCCGUCCAACAGCCAAUACAGCCAUCCUCUCUCAAGGGUCUUUACCGACAUUCUCUCCGCAUUCCCCGGUAUAUCACGGCUACCAGAACGCGUGGCCUCUCUGUACGUCAUGUUUCUCCUGGUGCGGUGGCAGCUGGCGCCGACCCGGGAAAACUUUGAGCUCAUCCCCGAGUGUCUGGUUCCUGUGCAGUCACAAUACGAUUAUGCUCACCCGGCAUGGCUUGACCUGAUACCUUUCCCCGCUCUAAGGGAACGGCUGGCUCGGGUGUGGAAUCCUCGUCAGUACGACUUGGAUAAUUGGUUCAUCCCGUUUACGACAUCGCUGCGGGUCAGCUGGCCGUAUGAGGAGACGGAUGCUUUGUUGCUGCUGCCGGACUCGGAAGAGGUUGUUAUAAAUCCGGUGUUUGAGCGGCAUAUCAGGAACGCGGAUAACUGGAAGCUCGGGGAGAGGUUUGCGAGUGCGUUCCCUGAGUUGGUGGGCUUGUUCACAUUGGAUCCAUCGAUUGUUUACUAG